AUGCGACCUGGGCAGCUAGGUGCGGUGCGAGUGACCUGGAAGAGGAGAGAGGUGAGAGAGCGAGUGGGGGAGGUGUUUGACGUGUGGUGUGAGAGCAAGGGUGGGAGAGGGGAAGGGAUAGGGCUGCACACGAUAUGGGAGAGUACUACGAGGAGGGACCUAGACAGCCAGGGGUCGGGGAGAAGGAAGAGCGAGGGUGGCAUGGGCAAGGAGGAACGGGCUGUUGGGGGAUUGAGAGGGGGUAGAGUGUGGGGGGAGGGAGGAGGGGGGAUCAGGGGAGUAAUAGAUGCGUGGUGGCCCACAGCCUAUCACACUAGGCAUUCUCACGUAAUCUUUUCCUCACCCUUACUCCUUUCACUCUCCUCCUCCGCCUCUUUCCUCGUCCAUCUUGUGCCUCCCAACCCCUCAUCCCUUCCCCAUCCCUUCCCCAUCCCUUCCCCAUCUCUUCCCCAUCCCUUCCCCUUCCCAUCCCCAUCUCUUCCCCUUCCCUUCCCCAUCCCUUCCCCUUCCCUUCCCCAUCUCUUCCCCUUCCCUUCCCCAUCCCUUCCCCUUCCCUUCCCCAUCCCUUCCCCUUCCCUCCCCCAUCCCUUCCCCUUCCCUCCUCUGUCCCUUCCCCUUCCCUCCACAUCCCUUCCCCUUCCCUCCCUUGUCCCUUCCCCCUUCCCUCCACAUCCCUUCCCCUUCCCUCCCCCAUCCCUUCCCCUUCCCACCCCUGUCCCCUUCCCCUCCCCUCCCCCAUCCCUUCCCCUUCCCUCCCCUGUCGCUUCCCCUUCCCUCCCCCAUCCCUUCCCCUUCCCUCCCCUGUCCCUUCCCCUUCCCUCCCCCAUCCCUCCCCCUUCCCUCCCCCGUUCCUUCCCCUUCCCUCCCCUUCUCCUUCCCCUUCCCUCCCCUGUCCCUUCCCCUUCCCUCCCCAUCCCUUCCCUUUCCCUCCCCCAUCCCUUCCCCUUCCCACCCCUGUCCCUUCCCCUUCCCUCCCCCAUCCCUUCCCCUUCCCUCCCCUGUCCCUUCCCCUUCCCUCCCCCAUCCCUUCCCCUUCCCUCCUCUGUCCCUUCCCCUUCCCUCCCCCAUCCCUUCCCCUUCCCUCCCCUGUCCCUUGCCCUUCCCUCCCCCCUUCCUUCCCCUUCCCUCCCCUUCCCCUUCCCCUUGCCUCCCCUCGUCUCCCCUAAUUUCCCCACCUCCUUCCCCUCAUUUCCCCCCCUCCUUCCCAUCAUUUUUCCCCCUCCUUCCCCUCAUUUCCCUCUCUGCUUUUCCUCAUUAUCCCGCCUGCUUCCCCUCAUUUUCCUCCCUGCUUCUCCUCAUUUACUCCCCUGCUUCCCGUCAUUUCCCUCCCUGCUUCUCCUCAUUUUUCUCCCUGCUUCUGAUUUCCACCUCUGGUUCCCCUCGUUUCCCCCCCUGGUUCCCCUCGUUUCCCCCUCUUCUUCCCCUGGUUACAACUUCCUAUCUCCCGCUUUCCCUCUCCCGCUCUUCCCUAUCCGCCCUCUUCCCUAUCCGCCCUCUUCCUACGGUAUUUUCUUCUUUCCCCCUCACCCUCUUCCUGUCUCCUUUCCCUCACCCCCCUCUUCCUAUCCCCUUUCCCUCUCACAUCGUCCUAUCUCCCCCUUUCUCUUCCCCCCUGCUUCUGUCUUCUCUUCCCCCUCUUCCCUGUCUCCCCUAUCUCCACUCUUCUAA